AUGAAGCUGCUCUUUGUACUUCUGGGACUCCUCUCGCUGGCCCUGGCCAAGUCGCUCAAGUCCGUCAUCAUUACUUUCCCCAAGGGCACGCCCUCCAACGUUAUCGACGAGGCGAAGUCCUCAAUCGUGGAUUCUGGGGGCGUCAUUACUCAUGAGUACCAUCUAAUCAAUGGAUUUGCUGCCGAGGCACCAGUGAACUGUCUGGAGACUAUAUCGGCACAGUCCUCCCAGUAUAAUCCGACGAUCGAAGAAGACCAGAUCGUCUCUGCAAAUGGAAAAUAA